AUGACACGUAAACGAAGGAAUCAUGGACGGUCGAAAAAAGGUCGCGGUCAUGUUCAGUUCAUACGGUGUACUAAUUGUGGGAGAGCCUGCCCAAAAGACAAAUCUGUGUGGAAACUAGUGACACGAAGCAUGGUCGAGGCUGCUGCAGUCAAGGAUCUGGAAGAUGCCUCCGUUUAUGGAAAAAACUAUGCAGUCCCUAAGUUGUAUGUGAAACUUCAGUAUUGCAUCAGCUGUGCUAUCCAUGGGAAAGUCCUUCGAAAUCGCAGUCGGGAAGCGCGUCGUCUUAGAAGAAUUGUAAUUAAGCCCCGGGUGAAAUUCACCAGACCGGCUGCACCGAGAACAUAA